AUGAAUAGGUGACCGUUUGACUUGAUUGACGUUUUCGAGAAACGGGCCCCUGGUAACGGUCGCAAACGGACUGUGUUUUAUGGAGAAACCUGUACCAAAUCUCCAAUGAGUAGAAAGGGUUCAUCAGCUAGCGUGAGUGCAAAGACUGUUAAGAGCAAACACAAUGAGACAGGGAAGGAUCCCAUAACGGCAGAAAUCAAGGCAGCAUACAUAGCUGUUCUCAAUCACAUAGACAAGGACAUCUCUUCAAAAGAUGAGCUGGAAAAAGUCCUCCAGCAAGCUGGAAGAAACCCUACACAGAAGACCAUUGAUAAAUACUGGACCAAGAAUACAAAGAAGUUAACAUACCAGGAGGUAUCUGAGAUCAUCGAGGAGUUGAAACCAACUACAGAAGACGAUCUACUCAAAGCUUUCAAGAAGAUAGAUGUCAAUGGAGAUGGAUUCAUUACACAGAGAGAACUUUCUAGGAUUCUCACACAGAGAGGUGAUAGAAUGAGUGAGAAGGAAGUAGAUGCUAUGAUUGCAGAAGCUGAUUCAGAUGGUGACAAGAAAUUAAAUUAUAAAGAAUUUUGUUGUAUGGUUAUGUCUACAACAAGCCGUUGUCAAGAGAGUAGUCUGAAACGAUUAGAGAGGAAAGAGAGAAAACAGAAGAGAGACCUCAAGAAGAAUCCAUCGGGCAGUAAGAAGAAAGACAAGAUGGGCGUUGAGAUGAGCCUCCCACCGAUCAGUAAACAGCAACCUUCAAUAAAGGAACCUAGUACCCUAACAGAUUGGUACCAUACCCAUACUAAAGGCUGCUUUCAUCUCGAUGAUGAACAGAAGAUUAUCUCCCAUCAGUAUGUCCUACAGGUUGAUGUGACGACGAAGCUCUGGUUGACUGUUAAGCCUAUCAAUGUAGGAGUAGUCAAAGCCUCUACUAAAGUUCCUAAGACGGAUGUCAAUGUAUUCAUUGUGAAACAGAAUGAACAUGGUCUGCUGGGAGAUGUUGUAUCCUUCACCAAUGUCAAGAACAAAGAGAAAUACUGUGUCCAAUGUGAGCUGCCAGCUGGUUCAUAUCGUCUCAUUCCCAUGACAACAGGAUGUCAUUUUAAGCCCAGGACCAGGACAAUCAAAGAGAAGGCUAAACUGAUCCAGCCCAAAGGAGAUGAAGAGUGUGAACUCACCAAAGAAUUUAAGAAUGCUUUGAAUAGUAUCUACGAGAUGGUAGAUCUAGACAGCAAUGGUUCUCUAUGUAGGAAUGAAUUCAACAUGUUUCAGCUAAGGACCGGUGGUGAAUCUGUUGAUGAUGAUGCCUGGGAGGUGGUGGAAGAGAACUUUGAACUCAAGAAAGGAGAACUUACAAGAAAAGGAUUCUUAGAUCUGAAUGAGAUGGAAGCCAAUGAUGGUUUUUCUGAAGGAGGAGAGGUCGAUGACCUUUGGGUCACACUCGGUUCUAUGGGAUUCGCUGAUGAUCUGACACUCGACGAGGCAUGUCCAUUCCUAGUGGAUAUCUACACUGAGCAUUGUCCAGCUGUGAUCAGAGCUCAACCACUACAGCGUGGUGGACCAACGUUACAGAAGAUCAUCUGUCAAUCGGUCAUUCAUGCUGCAGGCUUCACUAGGGUCAAGAUGAUAGGACAGGUCAAGCUUCAUACAUACAUGGGAGAUGGAAGGGUGACAUUCGUCAUGGAAAACACUGGUUCCAAGAAAUGUGGUAUGAAGCUGGAUUGCAGUAAGAGUGAGAACUGUCUCAUCAAUCAUGAUGCAAUGCUUCAGAAUGUACAGUGCCAUGCUGGAGCUUCUACGGUUGGUCUUCAUCUAGUUCCUAAGGAUGAAGAUAAAGAAUGGAUAAUCAACUGCCAAGAAACAUUAAUGACCUCAUGACCUCACUAGCCGUUUCAUCGUCAUUCUAGUACGGUAGAUGUUUGUAUAUAUCAGAACCUCUCAUCCUCUCUUUCUAUCUCUCCUGGCUCAAAAUCCUUUGUCGAGCCCUGUCUUAUAAAGAGUCGCAAUCGAUUUGAUUUGAUCGCAACUUGAUUUGAUCGCAACUCAAUCACAACUGUAUACUUGCAGUAAGAGGUAAGAGAUUAUAAAUUUGUGUUGCAUUAGAGGAUUAGUUUUUUUUAAAAUUCUUGUUACUUGGCCUAAAGAAAAAUAUUUCCCUGUGCAUAUAUUUUGUUAAAAUCAAUGAAUUUAAGGAAUUAAUCACUAGAUACUUAUUUUGGAUUUAGAUGAAGAAGAAAUAAAAUGCCAUAAAGUACUGAAUAGCAAGAGAGCUCUCCCUGGUGCUCCCCUCCCCCUCCACCAAAAAAAA